GCCCCCAAACGCACACACACACGCAACGGACACGCACACACAUACAACCGAUUGUGGGUGCCCUUACGUGCGUCGAAACAAUCCUCGUCGGACGAGCACGCGAAGAGGCAGCAGAAGGCGAUCGCCCACCGCCGCUGGCUAGGUUGCACGCACUGACGGCCGGCAACGGAAGAAAACGCUUACGCGCCAAGUGUGGGAGUCGCCCGGUCUCUCUCGGCGUAGCGCCCAGCUUGCCUGACUGCCUGCCUGACUGCUUGCCGCUCUUGUUUGGCGUCUUGCGUCGGUGUCGUCGUCCGUACAGCGCGUUUCGACUCUCCUGAGAAACCCGUCACGAGCACGGCGGCGGCGGUAGCAGCGGCAGACGACCGAGGAGGGAACAGGAAACGGGGACAGUCUCGUCCGACCGUGACUGAUUCGGCCGACGGACAACAUGGCCGCUCGCACCUUGCUUCUCCUGGCGUUCCUGGCGUCCGCAGCGAUGCUGGCGUCGUGCGCAGCUCAAGAUGGCGGCGAGCCAGCGAGACACAGCGUGAAGAAGAGGGGCAUUCUAGAGAGCAUCGCCAGCGGGGCCAGGAGCCUUCGUGACGGGGCCUCCGAUCUCUUCGAACGCUCAUGGUCCGGCAUCAAGGCGGCCUUCACGGAUUUCAUGAACUGGCUGCGGGGAGUGCCAUCGCCCGAUGAAGUUUUCCGACCUCCUGCUCCACCAGCAUCCGAAAAGCCGUACGACGGUGAACCAGAGACUGGGUUCGGCUUCGAGCACCCGCACCACGCCGAGCCGUGCCCCGACUCCAAGGCGCACCCCACCGCCGAGCCGACCACGCAGAGCAGCACGGAAAGCGGCACGCUCUCAAAGUCGACGGGACCUGCUAGCACAGCGACCGAUGUAGCUGACGAGGAAGCCGAGACCAGAGUGAACGAGCCGUCAUCGUCAGCAGCUCCGCCCGCUUCGGUGGUGACUUCUACGCGAGCCCCCAGCUUAGAGACAACCGAAGCCCCGGCUGCUGCAGAAACCGUCGGGCCACGUAUUGCCGGAGGAGAUUUGGGGGCGCCUCGGAUAACCGAGGCGGCGCAAGAGAGCACGGACGCUCCGCAAACAACGUCAGAGACAACGACGAGCGAGACGGUGAGCGUGUCGGCGACUCGGGACUUCGCUGCGCCCACGGCCACGGACAAGGCGCCGGCACCGUCCAUCGACUCGACAAGCAGCCCGACGCUGCCGCCGGAAGAAGACCCCUUCGAGAAUGACAUCGACGCUGAGCCAUCGUCCAAGGAACCUCCGCCGUCGCGACGAAGGGGAAAUGAACCGGGCUUCGUAAUCUCCGAUGGACGCUAAUCGUAACACUUGUCAUGACUGCGCGGUCCACGGUCUUAUCCAGCACCCCCGCGUCGCCAUGCCAAAAGUGUUUUGACAAGCCACGAUCGUUCGCUCUGCAGUGCAGCACCGCUGAACGGGCUUUCCGUCCGAGAAGGCCACAUCGUGUGCGGCCGCAUACGACAUUACAUGGAUGAACUGCGCCUCCUUUGUUGGACACGUCAGUUUGCGUUGGCAGGCUCCAAGGCAAAAAAAGUGCUUUUGAUUGACGUUUACCCACAGUUCCCGCUUGUGGCAGCAUGUAUUUGUACCUUGGUAUGUUUCUAUCCGCACAUAUGUCUACAGCCAGUGACAAUUCAAGAAUGCAGGAGUAGCCAAAAAGGUGUUCUAGGUCUGUUGCGCCCGUAAUUUUGCGUUGGAAAUUGAGCUCCCUUACGUCUCGCGCGGAUACUGGACACAACGGGCCUCCUUGCAUCAGCAUUGUAUGAUAAACCCGGCCCGGUUAGGCAUAGCCCACUGGCCCGAUGGCGUUGCGGCUGUCACCUUCCUAUACAAGAUCUGCCGACGCUAGCCGCUUGGGCCACUUGGGCUACGCUGGAAAGGAGACGAUCUUCUGAACUGCAAGAUACGCACACCUGUUUAAUGUCUUGCUUUAACUCUAUGCUUGCUCAAACCUGAUAAGCAAAUCAUUGCCCGAUUCACGUCAGCAACAGAACGCACACGCAUACGGCCACGGCCGGUCUGGAGCGUGUGCUUGCUCAGACGCUAGACGCGCGCUUGAGAUUAACCAUGAUGCCCAGGCCUACGCACUCCGAUCUAUGACGUCAUGCUAUCCUGGUCCGAAAUUUCCAUGGCCAAUGCUGGCGUGACGAAAGCGGUGACGUCAAAAUCACUGUUGCUUACGCGGAAUCAACUCCACUAGAUUCUAUGGCAGUGGGCCAGGUAGCAUGACGACAUGGAUCGGAGUGCGUAGGCACAGUUGUACUAUACUAUCUAUGUAGAACGUGGAUACAAUUGCAUCGAGAUAAACACUAGCUAGCGGUGAUCGUGAAUGCGCAACCCCUACGUAUACAGGGUGUGAUUCCACCGCUCGCUAGGCUGUGUGACCAGGCGUUGCUGUCGGUACGGGAAUUUUGCGUCCCGUGGAUGGCCAGGAAGGGCAGGAACAGGCGGCGCAGAUGAUGGUUAACAAACGCACGCCCCGUCACAGCUCGAGGAAAGCCGCCUAAGAGAUGCAUGGGCAUUGAGCAGGCUACACGCGUACACACGCAAACAAACGUCGAGACAUGAGGUGGCCACCCAUCUGCGAGUUUUGAAAUGGCGCGGCCUUGGCCUAUAAUAGAAGCACGCUGCGGGUACCUGCGCCAAAGCGCGAUGUAAGAUUAUAGGAAUAGCAGGCGCACGUGAGCAGACGGGAUGUCCAAUGAGUGACGAUGGUUGGCUUGCAUUUGAAAUGGAAACACUGGCGCACACAGGCACAAGUAGGCGAGACCAAGUGACCGACAAGGAUUGACUGGUGCCUAUACCAAUUCCCUGAAAUGCUCUCUCCUCGGCAUUAUUGACCUGUCAUUGACUAUAGAAAUUUAUCUAUGGAGCGACUGUCGCUGUAGGAACAGUAUCGUUGGCCCUUUGGCGAUAGUGUCCAGGUAAGUAGCGCCUGCAAAAGUGGCUCAGCUGAGCGUUAUUUUAUUUGUUUGCCGAGUCCCUGUCUACACCGACAUUUCGACAAGAAAACCCGUCGGGGAUGCUUGAAAAAUAAAAUGUUCACGUUCCUUCCAACUCCACAAAAACAGCCAUUGCCAUUAGCCUUUUGGUAUUUUAUUGUCGUAGCGCUUUAUCGUAUGCGCUGUUCGCUUGUUCAAGAAAAUCGUGUGCCUUUCUUGUGUCACAACCUGACGUGGUA